CCACGCCUCUCCUCUGAUGUGAGCAGAGCAGAGACCGUGAAUGCAACAUUAAUGUGUGUCACAUGACAGGCCAGCCUCUCCGACUGAUCUGAAACACAUCUAAUAAUCAUGCCGACCACUCAGCAGUCUCCCCACGAUGAGCAAGAGAAGCUUCUGGAUGAAGCUGUGCAGGCUGUCAAGGUCCAGUCUUUCCAGAUGAAGCGAUGCCUGGACAAGAACAAGCUGAUGGAUGCUCUGAAGCAUGCCUCUAAUAUGCUGGGUGAGCUGAGGACCUCCAUGCUGUCUCCUAAGAGCUACUAUGAGCUCUAUAUGGCUAUCUCGGAUGAACUUCACUACCUUGAAGUUUAUCUGACUGAUGAGUUCGCCAAGGGACGCAAGGUGGCUGAUCUGUACGAGCUGGUCCAGUAUGCAGGAAACAUCAUUCCCAGACUCUACCUGCUGAUCACGGUGGGUGUGGUGUACGUCCGCUCCUUCCCACAGUCUCGUAAAGACAUCCUGAAGGACCUGGUGGAGAUGUGUCGUGGUGUCCAACACCCACUCAGAGGCCUCUUCCUCAGAAACUACCUGCUGCAAUGCACCCGCAACAUCCUACCCGAUGAUGGAGAACAGACCGAGGGAGGAGAGGAGAUGACCGGCGACAUCAACGACUCCAUCGACUUUGUCCUCCUGAACUUUGCAGAAAUGAACAAGUUAUGGGUAAGAAUGCAGCAUCAGGGUCACAGCCGAGACCGAGAGAAGAGAGAAAAGGAACGGCAAGAACUUCGGAUCCUGGUGGGCACCAACCUCGUUCGCCUGAGCCAGCUGGAGGGGGUCAACGUGGAAAAGUACAAACAGAUCGUUCUUCCUGGAGUGUUGGAGCAGGUUGUGAACUGCAGAGACUCGCUGGCUCAGGAGUAUUUAAUGGAGUGUAUCAUUCAGGUUUUUCCAGACGAGUUUCACCUUCAGACCUUGAACCCGUUCCUGCGCUCAUGUGCUGAACUCCACCAACACGUCAACGUGAAGAACAUCAUCAUUGCCCUGAUCGACAGACUGGCUCUGUUUGCUCAUCGAGAAGACGGUCCAGGAAUCCCAGCUGAGAUCAAACUGUUUGACAUCUUCUCUCAGCAGGUGGCCACCGUCAUCCAGUCUCGCCAGGACAUGCCCUCAGAGGAUGUGGUCUCGCUACAAGUCUCGCUCAUUAACUUGGCCAUGAAAUGCUACCCUGACCGAGUCGACUAUGUAGACAAAGUCCUAGAGGGAACUGUGGAGAUUUUCAACAAACUCAACUUGGAACACAUAGCAACAAGCAGCGCAGUGUCAAAGGAACUCACCCGACUGUUGAAGAUCCCUGUGGAUACCUACAACAACAUACUGACGGUGCUGCAGCUCAAACACUUUCCUCCGCUCUUCGAGUACUUUGACUACGAGUCACGUAAGAGCAUGAGCUGCUACGUUCUGAGCAACACGCUGGACUACAACACCACCAUCGUGGCACAGGAACAGGUGGAUGCCAUCCUGAACUUGGUAUCUACGCUGAUCCAGGACCAGCCAGACCAGCCAGCUGAUGACCCCGACCCCGAGGACUUUGCGGAAGAGCAGAGCCUUGUGGGUCGUUUCAUCCACCUGCUCCACUCUGAAGAUCCUGAUCAGCAGUACCUUAUUUUGAACACCGCCAGGAAACAUUUUGGUGCGGGUGGAAACCAAAGGAUCCGUUACACCCUGCCUCCUCUGGUGUUUGCUGCCUACCAGCUGGCCUUCAGAUACAAAGAGAACUCCUCAUUGGAUGACAAGUGGGAGAAAAAGUGCCAGAAGAUCUUUUCCUUCGCUCACCAGACCAUCAGUGCACUUAUCAAGGCAGAGCUCGCCGAGCUUCCGCUGCGACUCUUCCUGCAGGGGGCGCUGGCUGCAGGAGAGAUCGGCUUUGAGAACCAUGAGACAGUGGCCUACGAGUUCAUGUCACAGGCCUUCUCUCUGUACGAGGAUGAGAUCAGUGACUCCAAAGCCCAGCUGGCAGCCAUCACACUCAUCAUCGGUACCUUUGAGCGGAUGCGAUGUUUCAGUGAAGAAAACCACGAGCCGCUGAGGACUCAGUGUGCGCUGGCUGCCUCCAAGCUGCUGAAGAAGCCGGACCAGUGCCGAGCCGUCAGUAUCUGUGCUCAUCUCUUCUGGUCGGGCCGCAGCACCGACAAGAACGGGGAAGAGAUCCGUGAUGGUAAGCGUGUGAUGGAGUGUCUAAAGAAAGCUCUGAAGAUUGCAAAUCAAUGUAUGGACCCAUCACUGCAGGUCCAGCUGUUCAUUGAAAUCCUCAACAGAUACGUCUGUUUCUACGAGCGGGAAAACGAUGCGGUGACGGUCCAGGUAUUAAACCAGCUGAUCCAGAAGAUCAGGGAAGAUCUCCCCAACCUGGAAGCCAGUGAAGAAACUGAGCAGAUCAACAAACACUUCCACAACACACUGGAGCAUCUCCGCCUGCAGAGAGAAUCCCCCGAGUCUGAGGGCCCCGCCUACGAGGGCCUGGUCCUUUAAAACUGUUCCCCAUUCUUCUGAGUAUUCAGCUGUAGGCCAGGAAUAAAAAUAAAUGUCCAGAAGAGCUUAAAGAAGUCGCUCAUUUCCUCCUCACUGUCUUUCACUAGCACACAGUUCCUGAAGCAGCUUGGCGGUGUAACAUUGUUAGGAAGCGUGUGCCAACACCACUGCACCGUGUCCCCGAGGCAUAGGCACCCAUCCUUGAUCAAUUCUUAUUUGACCAAUCUAUGUUAACCUUUACUUUUGUACGUUUUAGUCUCAUAAUCUGAUUUGGGUUUGUCCCUGCUAUUUUUUUUUCUCAUCAUUCCAUGAGGAGAGUGGUCGUUUUCACUAUGCGAAUGAAGUCUGCAGAGUCAGAUGGUGGCGUGUUCGCCGUGGAGUAAUCAGGAAGUGCUGUUCAGUAGGCGGAGUUUGUGUUAAGUUUGAAACAGGUGAAGAUCGCUUAAACAGAAGCAUGUGCAAACAUUUAGUACGUUUACAUGCAGUUGGAAAAGUCAUCAGGUUAGUGCAACUAAAACUGAACUUUUAAGAUGCAUGUAAGCAUUUUAGCCCAGUUGAAAUCGCACUAAAGUAAAGUUCUCAAAGAUGGACUAACCUGUGUCCACAAGUUCUGUCCAAGCCACGGUUUUGUUCUGAAUGUUGGCACGUGCACUCGCACUCUCACUCUCAUUGAGAUUUAAAGGGUCAUAUCUAUAAGCAUCCUGGUGAAGACAGUUAAGUUACAAAGUUAGAAACAAAAAUGAGUAGCCAUACAAACAAAAUUUCAAACACAUGAAUAUGAUUAAAGAGCUAACAAGUAAAAUAGCAAGGUCAGCUACAAUCAAAAUGCAUCAUUCAAAACAUCUACAGCCAGAUGUGUCUGCCUCCAAGUCAUUUAACUUCCUCUUAAAAUGUACCAUACUCAUCUACUGUGCCCUAAUCCACUUGAAGAGGAGGUCUUGAGCUCUAUUCAUGUGGACUUGGGCAUGGCAAGCAGGAGAUGUGAAUGCAAUCGUGCCAGAGUACAGGCUAGUCGUCAGCGAGUAGAUCUGUAAAGGCAAAUUUAAACAUCACCUGUUUCUUCAAAAACUGUUGUGUACCAGACUUUGUGCGUGCCCAAGUCUGCUCAGGCACGAAACAAUGUAAUGUGAAAGCAAACUAGUGAAUGGGUAGGUGCAACUGUGCUCGGGCAUAGUAAGAAACAAUCAGGUUAAUGUGAAUACACCCAAAGAGUACAACAUGCAAACAGCAUGUUACUUUGUCUUUCCAAGGUUGAUUCGUGGUUCAUUUUCUUCAUUUUUGGCAGUCUGUACAUAUUGUUUUAUUUUGAAAUUGGCCCAAUGAUCAGUGCAUUCUCAUGUCUGACUUCCUGUUUGUGUUGAUCUGCUCUAUGUUGACUAAUGCCGGCUCUGUUUGUAUCUUAAGCAGAGAAGAGUGGAGCUGUGCCGGGGACGGAUCUGUGCUCUGUAAACUCAAAGAUUGACUAAAAUGGGUGAUGCUAGCCUUACUACUUGCAGUUAAGUCGACUCUUCCUGGUGGCUUGAAUACUGGGAGAGUCGUGCAGUUAGCCUGACUUUACCAUGCAUGUAAACGUACUGAAUGAAGGUCCCAUUUACAUCUGCCUGGCAUCUUUUUACCUUCUUCCCUGUUGGAUAUAAAGUUACAUUAAGUUUUGCAUGAUCCUCAAAUCUUCCGCUAGCAAAGCUUAAAUGAAAAUACGGUAUUAAUCCAGAUAGGCAUCAUAUUUUCAGAAGAUGCUGUCCUUUCAUACUUGUUUGAAUCUGACCAGGUUUGUCUCUCUUGACUCCAUAUUUCCUGUGUUGCUUUAUUUAUGGACUCCUCUUCAUCAGCGGACUGACCUGCUCAGAACUGCAGCAUGUCUUUGUAUGCUUUAUUGUGCAAAAGGUCUGAUUUUUCUCUACAAACCAUCUACUACAUCUGACCAAACAUUUGUCGAUAAGUAAAACGAUGUUAUCAUGGUGAUGCUGUCCUUCCUGAUCCAUCUCUCGUGUAGGAGUUGCACCAGUUCCUCAGGAUUGCUCACUAGUUUCCAGUUGCUUUCAUGGUGUCCAAGUUUGUGUGUAAAGUUUUUGAAAUGGUUCGCUGCAGCCUGACAGUUCCUGCUGAUCUCUCUUUCUAAGCUCUUAUGCUGAUUGUUGAAGGCGGUAUGAGCACUUUCUCUCCCCUAAUGAAACCUAUGUAAACCCACUUGUGAAUCAGAUCAAGAAAAUGCAGAUUAUAGCAAUUAUUGUUGUCACUUGCUGAAAUAAAAUUGAAAUUAACAAUG